GGCAGGGUGGGGGGAUGGAAAGGAUGGGCUGAGGGAGGCACAAACCAUCAUUUAUGCUGUAACAUCGUUAAUAAUUACCAGAUAUAUGAAGAACUUUAUGAAAAGAAAGAGGAAGGGAUCCUGCUCCUCCCCCGCGCCGCCCGGCUGCAGCAGCAGGCACCAGCCGCGGGCACCAGCCGCCACCAUGAGCUCCUGCAGCUCGGACAAGUCCCAGAGCAGCUCGGCCUGCGACAACAUCCCGCUCACCCCGGCGCAGCAGCAGGCGGCGGCGGUCGGCGCCGAGCAGGACUGGGCAGCGGCCAAGGCUUUCUACGACAACCUGGUCUCCACCAAGAGACCCCGACCGCCUAAGCCCCAAAAUGCCAUCACUGUGGCAGUCUCCUCCCGGGCUCUCUUUGACAUGGUGAAAGACAGGAAAAUCUACGAAGAGGAAGGGGUGGAAACCUAUGUGAAAUACCAGGAGGAAAACGAGAACGUCCCCCUGAAGCCCGGGCCAGCUUUCUAUUUUGUCAAGGCACUAGAACAGGUCAAUGCCCGGCUUCGUGAGCUGUACCCUAAUGAUGAAGAACUAUUUGAUAUUGUUCUGAUGACUAAUAACCAUGCUCAAGUGGGAGUGAGACUCAUAAACAGCAUCAAUCACUAUAGUUUAUCGAUUGAACGCUUCUGUAUGACUGGUGGAGAAAGCCCUAUUGGUUACCUAACAGCAUAUCUUACCAACUUAUACCUUUCUGCUGACUCUGAAAAAGUCCAAGAAGCUAUAGAAGCAGGCAUUGCAUCUGCUACAAUGUUCACUGCAAAUAAAGACAUACCUUACUGUGAUAAGCAGCUGAGGGUGGCGUUUGAUGGGGAUGCUGUUCUCUUUUCUGAUGAGUCAGAGCAGAUCGUCAAAGAGCAUGGAUUAGAUAGAUUUUUUGAACACGAACAGAUGAAUGAGAAUAAACCCCUUGCACAGGGCCCUUUGAAAGGUUUUCUGGAAGACUUAGGGAAGCUGCAGAAGAAAUUUUAUGCAAAAGACGAACGAUUAGAUUGUCCUAUAAGAACCUACCUCGUCACAGCUAGAAGUGCAGCAAGUUCUGGAGCCAGAGUGCUGAAGACUCUCCGUAGUUGGGGUUUGGAGAUUGAUGAGGCACUUUUCCUUGCAGGAGCUCCUAAAGGACCAAUUUUGGUGAAAAUACGGCCUCAUAUUUUCUUUGAUGAUCAGAUGUUUCACAUUGAAGGAGCACAACAACUGGGUACUAUAGCAGCACAUGUACCUUAUGGCAUUGGUCAGAAGUACUACAAAUCCAAACCUAAAGAUGACACUGUUAAAAAAUAGCUUCCCUUUAACUUAGACAGCCUCUAACACAUAAAUAAUUGGCCCAGGGUUUGCAUUGGGAAACCUAAACAAAAGAAAAGGACUGCUGCUUAAAAAUAAGGAAGCAAACCUUGUCAGAAGCUUUCAGUAUUCAAGAUUAGUCUAUACAUAGCUGAACUGAUGUCCAUAAGUGCAUCUGUGAUCUUUUCUUUAUUAGUUCUAUGUAAUAAAUUCACCCAUAACCAGUCAUUAAUAAAAAAUGUAAAAAAUG